ACAAACACCACAAAUAGAAACAAAAAAAAAACAUUCAAAAGAUUGAGAACAAUGACAUCGGUUCCGGUUCCGGUGACGACAAGCGGCGGCGGCAGGUGGUGCCCGACACCGGAGCAGGUGAUGUUGUUAGAGGGUAUGUAUAGAGGUGGCCUAAAAACACCAACUGCAACUCAGAUACAACAAAUUGUAUCAAGAUUAUCGGUUUACGGCAAAAUUCAAGGCAAAAAUGUCUUCUAUUGGUUUCAAAAUCAUAAAGCUCGUGACCGUCAAAAACUUCGAAAGAAAUUAAUGGCGUUGUACCAGCAACAUCGCCUUUAUCCUCCUACUCAAGACCAUCCAUUUCUUCCUCUUCAUCCGGUUGGUGGAGUUGAAGAUGUAUCAAAUAACAAACCAAUGAUGAACAACUGGAAGGUGGAUCUCCCAUCUGAACAUCAGCCCUGCAAACUCAUGUGUGAUUGCCCACUUAUGACAAUGAUGCUGAUGGAACAUCAUGGUAGAACAACACAUAGCUCAAGGAUACCACCAAAAACCCUACAACUAUUCCCACUCACCACCACAGAUCUCAAACAAGAUGAUGAACCCACCACCUCCAAACCCUAAUCUGCUUUUGACUUUUUAUAGUGUUUUAUUGAUAACUAAUUCAUAGUAAAAGAUGAAUACUAGUUAGAGUAAGCUAGGGUUAGAGUCAGGGCUAGGGUUUUAAAAAUAAGUUGUGGGUUUCUGUUAUGUCACUAGACCUUUGCAUAGCAGAAUAGUACUGGUACUAUAUAUAAAGAAAGGUGAAAGAUCUGAAUUGCCUAAAUAAGCUAGCAUUCAGUAUGUUUUUGUGGAUGAAAUUGAUGUGUCUGUUUCAUAA